AUGGCGGCGUCCUCCCUGGAGCAGAAGCUGUCCCGCCUGGAAGCAAAGCUGAAGCAGGAGAACCGCGAGGCCCGGCGGAGGAUCGACCUCAACCUGGAUAUCAGCCCCCAGCGGCCCAGGCCCACCCUGCAGCUCCCGCUGGCCAACGAUGGGGGCAGCCGCUCACCGUCCUCAGAGAGCUCCCCGCAGCACCCCACGCCCCCCGCCCGGCCCCGCCACAUGCUGGGGCUCCCGGCAACUCUGUUCACGCCCCGCAGCAUGGAGAGCAUCGAGAUUGACCAGAAGCUGCAGGAGAUCAUGAAGCAGACGGGCUACCUGACCAUCGGGGGCCAGGUACCACCCUUCGCUCGGUGCCCCUGGGGUGGGGGGUGCGCAGGCAGGCCGGGCCCAUGCCAGGGCACAGCCGAGGCCCCGGGGACCCUCCAGCCCCUGUUGUCCUCCCAGCGCUACCAGGCAGAAAUCAACGACCUAGAGAACUUGGGUGAGAUGGGCAGCGGCACAUGCGGCCAGGUGUGGAAGAUGCGCUUCCGGAAGACGGGCCACGUCAUCGCAGUCAAGCAAAUGCGGCGCUCAGGGAACAAGGAGGAGAACAAGCGCAUCCUCAUGGACCUGGACGUGGUGCUCAAGAGCCACGACUGCCCAUACAUCGUGCAGUGCUUCGGGACCUUCAUCACCAACACCGACGUCUUCAUUGCCAUGGAGCUCAUGGGCACGUGCGCCGAGAAGCUCAAGAAGCGGAUGCAGGGCCCCAUCCCUGAGCGCAUCCUGGGCAAGAUGACGGUGGCGAUCGUGAAGGCGCUGUACUACCUGAAGGAGAAGCACGGCGUGAUCCACCGCGACGUCAAGCCCUCCAACAUCCUGCUGGACGAGCGGGGCCAGAUCAAGCUCUGCGACUUCGGCAUCAGCGGCCGCCUGGUCGACUCUAAGGCCAAGACGCGGAGCGCCGGCUGCGCCGCCUACAUGGCGCCUGAGCGCAUCGACCCCCCAGACCCCACCAAGCCCGACUACGACAUCCGGGCCGACGUGUGGAGCCUGGGCAUCUCGCUGGUGGAGCUGGCGACGGGACAGUUUCCCUACAAGAACUGCAAGACGGACUUUGAGGUCCUCACCAAAGUCCUCCAGGAAGAGCCCCCGCUCCUGCCCGGUCACAUGGGCUUCUCGGGGGACUUCCAGUCCUUCGUCAAAGACUGCCUUACUAAAGAUCACAGGAAGAGACCAAAGUAUAAUAAGCUACUUGAACACAGCUUCAUCAGGCGCUACGAGACGCUCGAGGUGGACGUGGCGUCCUGGUUCAAGGAUGUCAUGGCAAAGACCGAGUCGCCGCGGACUAGCGGGGUCCUGAGCCAACACCACCUGCCCUUCUUCAGGUAGCUGCAUGGCGGCGGCCAGCCCCACGGGGGCCAGGGGCAUGGCCACAGGCCCCCCUUCCCCACCCAGCCGCCCGCCAGGGGAGACCUGGGACCCGGACGGCCGCCGAGGGCUGAGGACAGAAAGUAGGGGGCACCCACCCACCCCCGACUCCCUGCCCGCCAGCCGUGGACAGACGGGCCCGCCAGGCCCAGCCCUUCCCGCCCCGGGGUCAGCCGGCCGCGCGCGUCCCCCCGACAGACACUGUGAACGGACGACAGCAGGCCGCGAGCAGACUCGCUAUUUAUUCAGUCGUAACCUCUGGGCUGGGGUGGCCCCCAGGGGCCAGGAGAGACCCCUGAGUCCCCAGCCCCGCUCCGAGCGUGCCGUCCUCGCCGCUCCCCAUGCACCCGUUCCUUUUCCGUCACCCCCUCUACCUCUGUCCUUGUCACCCUCCCUGCCUCUGCCUCCCUCCUGGCCCGAGCCUGGGCUCAGCCACCCCUGGCAGGACCCCUGGGUCUACUUAGUUCUCCAUGGGGUGAUGAGUUGGUGGCCCCCAGAAGGGACUGCGGGCAUUGCGACUGCAGCUGGCCGGGCUGGUCUCUCUCUCUCUUUCUUUCUCUCUCUCUUUGAUCUCAGGGGGUCCUUUUUGGAGUUUAUUGUAUUUUAUUGUACUUGGUGGGGGGCGGGGGGUGGAGGAGAGCUUGUUCUCACGGGGUUCGUCGGUACCUUCAGAAACUUUUACCAAAGUCACGUUUAGCUGCUUGUGGAGGGGCCCCCACCGCCCACGGGCUCCAGGGGCUGGGCCGGGUGCUGCAGCUCCGGCUACGGGGCCAGCCCUGGGCGGGGAGACUGGUCCCAGCUUGGGGGCGAGUUGAAGACCUCAGGGGGUGUGGAGGGGGCCCAGGGGGCUGUGGCCACACACAGGGUGGCCUUCAGGGAAGGUAGACGUGGGGCGUGGCGGGAGCAGGCGGCCAGAGGGAAUUGAAGAUGAGAAGGAGUGUGGCGGGAGUCGGAUUGAGGGGGAAGGGAGUGGAUGUGGGGGUUCAGGGACAUGUGACAGGCUCCAGCGGGGGCGUGGGGGGCACCAGGCUGUGGGCGGGAGUUCAAGGUGGUCACCCCCAGGGUGCCACUGUGCUGCACCACAGCUGGCCAGGUGUCCCCCCAGCACCCGCUGCUGCUGCAGGCAGAGCAGGAGGGGUGUGUUUCCUUUUUGUUGGUGAUGCAUGCAAAUCAUGUGGACGAGAAAUAGCAAAACACAAAAAAGAAAAAAAAAAAAGAAAACCCCAUAAAACCACAAACAAAAACCAACCAACACCAAAGGUGAGGAGCCUCGCUGGACGUAGCUGAAGCAGCAUAGACAUAGGGUUGCUGUGUCCUCUCAUCUGUGGUCUGGACUCUCCUUAUCAUAGUCACAACAUGCCGCAUGUUUAAAAGUAGUAGAAGUCAUCUUCUCUGCCCCGGGGGGAAGGCCGCCUUCUCUUGCCUCUGGUCUCCUUUGUGAGGGGACAGGGGCCAGGUGGGGGUGCCGACAGGCCUGACCCCCACCCUCCCUCCCUGGGGCCAGCCGCGGGGGCCUCUGCAGGUAGCUGGAAGGUUGCUUGGCUGGCUCCAGGCCAGCACAGGCCCGAGACUGGGCUACCUGGUUUUAUUUUUAUUUAACUCGAUUUUCCGUUUUUGUGUGUGUGUGUCUGCCUGCCCUCCCAACCCCUUCAGUGUUACAGGGGAGCUCUGGGGGAGCCUCUCCUACCUCCCCACCUCUCCCCAGACCUCCCCCUCGUCACCAGCCAUCCCUCUGGACCAGACAGAGGGCAGACCGGGCGGGCAGGAGCCUGGGGUGGCCUGGCCCAGCCCACCGGCCCCGACCCCUUCUCAGGCUGCCAGUAUUGCCCUGUCCCUUUUUAAAACAAAAUGCCCUCAUUUGUAAAUCCUUAGACGCUUGAUAAUAAACCCCUCCCUUUUCUUCC